AUGAAGUUAUCUCAGAUCCUCAGCACCGCUGCACUAUGCAGCUUUGCAGUUGCAAGCCCUCUUCCUGGCGAUGCAAUUACUGAGAGAGAGGCGAAUCCUAUUUCACCUCCUACUUAUGGAAACAAGUACAUCUUGGAGGAUGACCUUGACAAGCGUACGCCUCCUGGCUACGGCGUCAAGUACAUCUUGGAAGACGAUCUUGACAAGCGUGAACCUCAGAGGAACACGUAUGGCAAGGCCUAUACUCUCAAGAUGAAGGACGAUGGAUUCGAGAAGCGUGACCCUCAGGAUGCAUACAGGAAGUUCUAUACCCUUAAGAUGAAGGAUGAUGGCUUCAAGAAGCGAGAUCCUCAGAAUGCAUAUGGCAGGGCUUAUACCUUGAAGAUGGAGGAUGACGGUAUCGAGGAGCGCGGCGUUGAAAGUGAGGCUUAA